GAGAGUAUUGGAACUGACUCAAUCUUUCCUCGCUCGUUUCUGAAUGGUUUUCCAGAAGGCAUUUGGUGGUCAUUUGUUACCAUGAGUACAGUGGGGUAAGACCAUUCGUUACGAAGGACGCGAAUAAAUGCCGAUUUACACUCCCAAGGAAACUUUGAAAGGAAGAAAUUAAUGUUUGUUAAAUGAAGAUUAGAAGAUUUUUCUGAAAUAUUUGACCUCAAAAAGCAACGAGUAUUCAUUGAUUAGUAAAAAGCUGAAAAAUUAUUGCUACGUUAGUUACGGAAAGGAUUUGUGUUUGUUAACCUUUUUCGAGUUCUUUCCACCUUCGUGUCGCAUUGUGUGAUAUAUGCUGUAAAAAUCAGACUCCUUUGCACGCAUUGCGUGCCGAACUCUUCCUCUUGACACAGGUACGGUGACCGGAUUCCUUUGACAUACAGUGGCCGACUGUUGACUAUCAUUUGGAUGUUAUCAGGAACAGUUUUUUUUACGUUGCUGGUCAGUUAUAUCAGCAGUGGACUGACUAUAGCUUCGUUAGACAGCAACAUUAAACUUUAUGGAUGUAAG